UUUCAUAAACAUUCACAAUAGUAAAACAUAGCAAACCGGCAGGAAUAAACAUUUUUCCACAUUUUAAAGUUUCCCAGGCAACCAGGAAUUAUUAAUAGUUACGAAAAAUUUGUUUAUAAUUAAAAUAAAAUCUAUAUUCUGUGAAUAUACAUUGAAAAGACAAUCACACGCAAAAAAAAUGGCUGAAGGCGAUAAAAUCGAAGUGCGUGAUAUCACACGCAUCGAACGUAUUGGAGCACAUUCUCACAUCCGUGGUUUAGGUUUGGAUGAUGUUUUAGAGGCUCGUGCCGUUUCCCAGGGUAUGGUGGGUCAGAAAGAUGCUCGCCGUGCUGCUGGAGUAGUUGUACAAAUGGUACGUGAGGGUAAAAUUGCUGGUCGUUGUAUUCUCUUGGCCGGUGAGCCAAGUACUGGUAAAACAGCUAUAGCUGUUGGUAUGGCUCAGGCUUUGGGUACGGAGACACCAUUUACUAGCAUGUCCGGUUCGGAAAUAUAUUCUUUGGAAAUGAGCAAAACCGAGGCAUUAUCACAGGCUUUACGUAAAAGUAUUGGUGUGCGUAUUAAGGAGGAGACAGAGAUUAUUGAAGGUGAAGUGGUGGAAAUACAGAUUGAUCGUCCGGCAACGGGUACUGGACAAAAGAUUGGAAAGGUCACCUUAAAAACCACUGAAAUGGAAACUAACUACGAUUUGGGCAACAAAAUCAUUGAAUGCUUUAUUAAAGAGAAGAUACAAGCUGGCGAUGUGGUAACUAUUGAUAAAGCUUCGGGAAAAGUUAAUAAACUAGGACGCAGUUUUACGCGUGCUCGUGAUUAUGAUGCCACAGGAGCCCAGACUCGUUUCGUACAGUGUCCCGAGGGAGAAUUACAAAAACGCAAGGAGGUGGUUCACACAGUUACCUUGCAUGAAAUAGAUGUUAUCAAUAGUCGUACCCAUGGUUUCUUGGCCUUGUUUUCCGGCGAUACUGGUGAAAUCAAACAAGAAGUACGUGAUCAAAUCAAUAACAAAGUAUUGGAAUGGCGUGAAGAGGGCAAAGCUGAAAUUAAUCCGGGAGUAUUGUUUAUAGAUGAGGCCCAUAUGUUGGAUAUUGAAUGUUUUUCUUAUCUAAAUCGGGCACUAGAAUCUGACAUGGCUCCUGUGGUGGUAAUGGCCACAAAUCGUGGUAUUACACACAUUAGAGGUACAAAUUAUCGCAGUCCUCAUGGCAUACCUAUUGAUUUGUUAGAUCGUAUGAUUAUCAUACGUACGGUACCUUAUACCGAAAAGGAAAUGAAAGAAAUUCUUAAAAUACGUUGCGAAGAGGAGGAUUGUCUAAUGCAUCCUGAUGCCAUGACCAUUUUAACUAAAAUUGCUACCGAUACUAGUCUGCGUUAUGCCAUACAAUUGAUUACUACCGCCAAUUUAGUGUGUCGCAGACGUAAAGCCACAGAGGUCACUACAGAAGAUGUUAAGAAAGUUUACUCGUUAUUUUUGGAUGAACAUCGUUCGAGUCAAAUUUUGAAAGAGUAUCAAGAUGAGUAUAUGUUUAAUGAGAUUGAAGAGGAAAUCAAAGAGGGAGCUGCGGUGGUAACUAAACGUGAGGAAGAUGGUGGUGGCGAUGCCCAGCCAAUGGAGCUUUAAAUAGUUAUUAAAGAACAAUAUUCUCUUACAAAUUUGAUUUACUUUUUUUUUAAAAACUUAUACUUAAAAUUUAUUGUUUGUUUGAUUUGGAAUCAAUAAACUAUUAAGAAGCCAAA